AUGUCUAAUAGUGAAUUUGCCCACGCCCUUUCGGGCGCUGGAGGAGGCGCCUUAUCUAUGAUAGUAUCGUAUCCCUUGGUGACAUUGGCGACUUUGGCCCAAACCACGCAGAAGUUGAAGGAGAAAGAAGUGGAAGAGAAAGGCAGCGACGAAAGCGAGCUGGGCCAACAGACAGAACUGAAAACGGCCAAUGAGAACGAAGAUGAAAUCGUGAAAGCGGUCAAGGCAAAGCUUGCCGAAAGCGGAAACGCCAGCACUUUGGAGGCGGCGAAGGAAAUCUUGCGGACAAAAGGUGUUGCAGGCUUCUACUCGGGGCUUGAAAGCGCUGUGUAUGGUGUCACGUUCAGCAAUUUCAUUUACUACUAUUUUUACGAGUUCACCUCCAACGCUUUCCUCCGGGCCAGCGGAGGACGCAAGAAGAAGGGAUUAACCACUCUUCAAUCGAUGGCUACAGGCGCCGUUGCUGGGGCCAUCACUGUAUGCCUCACCAAUCCGGUCUGGGUCGCCAACACGAGACUGUUGGUUAAGGCCAAGGACCAGGAUAGCAAGAGCCAGCUGACGUUGCGCACCAUUUUGGAAAUUGCCGAAAAGGACGGGGUCAAGACGUUGUUCGCUGGCGUUUUGCCGGCGCUCGUAUUGGUGAUCAACCCGAUCAUCCAGUACACGAUUUUCGAGCAGGUGAAAAACGUGGUGGUGGCCACACAAGGCAUCAAGGCUUUUACAGCCACAAAGGCGUUCUUCAUUGGUGCGUUGGGGAAGUUGGUGGCCACCACCAUCACCUACCCAUACAUCACGUUGAAGUCACGGAUGCACGUGAAAAAGAAUGACGCUCAACAAAGCGGCCGCUCGCUUUCGAUGGUGCAACAGCUCCGUAAGAUUGUGGCCGAGGAAGGCGUUGACGGCUUGUACCGUGGUCUUGGUGUCAAGUUGUCGCAGUCCAUUUUGAUGGCGGCCUUUUUGUUUUACUUCAAGGAACAGUUGUUUGGUGGAAGUGUGAGAUUAGUGCAACUUCUCCAAGGUGUCCGCUUGAGACGGAAGCUUCGUGUCUAA